GAGCAUAUUAUUUUGUUGUGAAAUACAUGAAAGAGAAGAAAGCAGAGAUAAUCUUAAGGCGGGCGCCAAGGUCUCUUAGAUUCCAAUAAAGAAAAGUUUUUCAGCAUCGUGAAACUAAUAAGCCUUUCCUCCUUCUUUGCGUCCCAUUCCCACACUCACUUCCUCUUCGUAAAGAGUCGUCGCCGGUGACAGAAUGACGGCUGCCGGUGAUAGAAUGACAUCCGGCGGAUCAUCGGGGCGGUUGCCGACGUGGAAGGAGAGGGAAAACAAUAAGAGGAGAGAAAGGAGAAGAAGAGCUAUCGCAGCCAAAAUAUUUACUGGGCUACGAGCUCAAGGUAACUUCAAACUUCCCAAACACUGUGAUAAUAACGAGGUCUUAAAAGCUCUCUGUCUUGAAGCUGGUUGGGUCGUUGAAGAUGAUGGCACCACUUAUCGCAAGGGAAACAGGCCUCCACCAAUGGAAAAUGGUGGUGCCUCAAUGAAUAUCAGCGCAUGCUCAUCGAUUCAGCCGAGCCCAAUGUCAUCGUCUUACCCUAGUCCUGUACCUUCUUACCAUGCCAGCCCAACAUCAUCCUCAUUCCCUAGCCCCUCCCGUUGUGACGGAAACCCCCCAUCAUACAUCCUCCCCUUUCUCCAUAACCUAGCUUCCAUUCCCUCUUCUCUUCCACCUCUUCGUAUAUCUAACAGUGCCCCUGUUACCCCACCUCUUUCUUCUCCUACCCGAGGCUCAAAGCCCAAACCUGUCUGGGAAUCCCUCUCCAGUGUUCCAUUGCAUUCUUUCCACCACCCGCUUUUUGCUGCUUCUGCACCAUCAAGUCCCGCCCGCCGCCAAUACUCCAAGCCUGCUACAAUUCCAGAAUGUGACGAGUCUGAUGUCGCCUCAGUUGAGUCUGCACGCUGGGUCAGCUUCCAGACGGUGUCACCUUCAGCUGCUCCAACUUCGCCUACUUUUAACCUUGUAAAGCCUGUUCCUCAGCAGAAUAUUCUCUUAGAUGCCUUAAGUGGCCGUGGGGCUUUUGGCUGGGGUGAAGCAGCUCAAAAGGGACAUGGCUCUGAAUUUGAUUUUGAAAGCUGCAAAGUGAUGGCAUGGGAAGGUGAGAGAAUACAUGAAGUUGCUGUCGAUGAUUUAGAGCUCACUCUUGGGAGUGGAAAGCCACGUGCUUAAGCUCUUAAUAAAGGACAUUAUUUAGAUAGAGGAUAAUGAAAAUGGAGGUGUUUAAUUAUCAAAAAAGUCAAAAUAGUAAACGGAGGAGCUUAUUAUAUCUCGGAAUCUGCAAUGUUGCAGUUCGCAUCCGAGUUUUUACAUCAAUUGUGCACUAUAAGCCAUAUUGUGCCAGGCUAAUAGGAUGUCAUUUGUAAAUUCUCCCACUAUACCUGAGAACUUGAUGUUGAACAUGGGGGUUUGUUGUUGUCUCUAUUGUACAGUUCUCUAAGCAAGUGAUCACUAUAUGAAGCUAACACGUUUAUUGCCUUGAUCGUGAGAGCAGCCUCCUUCGAGCUAGAUGUAUCCAGGAAUUGUAAAGUCAAACCUAGGGAAGGAAGCAAUGAAGUUACCCUCAUUCCUUGUUUAUUUUAGAGCUUCUCUUGCUGUAAUGUAUCUUAGUCAUGAACUCAUGGAUCUUGUGUGUUUGUAUUUGGCUGGGUUUGCAAGUCCCUCAUAUGACAUUGUAUCAGCAAGAGGGAGUUGGAUUUCUAAUUUGUCGUGUAGACAGUGUGAUGCAACAUGGGGAUCACCGAUCACAUUAAUUUUGAGCUUUAACUUACUGAAUUACUAGAUGUUAAAUAUGAAGAGAACACUGUAUUUGAGA